AAUUAAUUUUUGGUAAUUAAAUAUGGUAAAUCAAUCUUCCAAGGCAACUAGUGAUCAAUCAUUAGGAAGACAAAAUGUAGAAGAGCUCCCUCAACUUCUCAUUCUCCAUCCGGGGCCUAUUUUCUCGAUGCACGAAAGCCUUUUCGAAAAGAAAUUUAGUCUUCUUAAAGCAUGGGAGUCGCCAGAAUCUAUCCACCAUUUCCUAACAACACACGCCCAAUCUACGAGGGCUAUUCUUUGCUCUAGUGUCACUCCUAUCACCGCCGAAAUCCUCUCUCUUCUACUAUCCCUCUGUGUUAUCGCCUGUGAGAACACCGGGGUUGAGCUUAUCGACUUGAUGGAGUGUCGAAAAAGGGGCAUAUAUGUCACCAAUGCUGGCCCCGCUUUCAGCCAGGAUGUUGCGGACAUGGCUGUCGGGUUGUUGCUCGCUGUUGCUAUGAGAAUUCCUGCUUCUGACAGAUAUAUUCGAGCUCGGGGUUGGUCCGAUCAUCAAUGCUUCCCUCCUCGUACUUUCAAGCUGCGUGGCAAACAUGUUGGUAUUGUUGGAUUUGGAAACAUUGGAUCAGAAGUUGCAAAAAGGUUAGAGGCCUUUGGUUGCAAAAUUUCAUACAACUCAAGGAAGCAAAAACCAUCCAUCCCAUAUGAGUUCUAUCCACAAGUCAUUGAUUUAGCCUACAAUUGCAAUGUCUUGAUCAUUUGUUGCGCCCUCACAGACCAAACGCGCCACAUGAUCAACCGAGAUGUGUUGAGAUCCCUAGGAGAAAACGGGAUCAUUGUGAACGUUGGGCGUGGGCCCAUCAUCCACGAACAAGAAUUGGUCACGUCUCUAAUGAGUCGAGAGAUUGCAGGAGCUGGACUUGAUGUGUUUGACAAUGAGCCUAACGUGCCCAAUGAGCUGUUUGAGUUAGACAACGUUGUGUUGACCCCACAUAGAGGGGCAUUUACGGAAGAAGUAUUUUCCAAUGCUUUCAAACUUACCAUGGCUAAUUUGGAAGCUUUCUUCUCCAAUAAACCCUUGAUUACUGCUAUCAAGCAAUAUGAUUGAAUGUUGUGCCCAGAUUAAUUAAGACACGUAGAAUAAAAUAAAACGUCGUGCUCAAUUGUAUUCUUAUUAGUUUCACCAUUAAAUCGACAUCCUCAUUUUAAUUGUGGAAAAGAAAACACGAUUAGUUCAAUAAAUAGUUGCAAGGGAUAAGAUGUAACCUUUAAUAGCAUUCACCUUCCCGCUCCACA